GUGGGACCGGUACAGUUUCGAGGAUUAAAAAUGACACUUUUUCGGAAAAGUAAAAGUAAAGGAGAUUUGCAGCAGGAGUUUCAGACUACCGUCAGGUUUUUAGAUGAUUCUGAGCCAAUCCAAGUGCCAUUUACGAAGGAGACGGUGGGUCAGUAUGUGCUUGACAAGGUGUGUGAGACCCUCAACCUCGUGGAGAAGGACUACUUUGGCCUCCGCUAUGUCGAUACUGAGAAACAGCGGCAUUGGCUGGACCCAACCAAAACAGUCUACAAGCAACUAAAGGGUGUAAGCCCGUGUGUGCUAUGUUUUCGUGUCAAGUUCUACCCAGCUGAGCCUAUGAAGCUGCAUGAAGAAAUCACAAGGUACUAUUUGUUCCUGCAGCUGAGGCGAGACUUGCACCAUGGCCGCCUCCUUUGUUCCCCACAGGAUGCUAACCUCCUCGCAGCAUACAUCAUACAGUCGGAGGUUGGUGACUACGACCCGGAGGAUCACCAGGCUGGUUAUGUGUCGGAGUUUAAGAUGCUGCCGAACCAGAACGUCCAGCAGGAGGAGCAGAUACAUGAGCUCCACAAGACAAUCGCGGGACAGGUGCCUGCCGAGGCGGAGGCCAAUUUUUUGAAGAAGGCUGCCUCUCUGGAUACCUACGGAGUGGACCCGCACAAAGUUAAGGAUCAGAAGAACAACCAGAUGUACCUGGGCGUGACUCACCAAGGAAUCAUGACCUUCCACGGCAGCCGACGCACACAGAUAUACAAGUGGUCUCAGAUCAAGAAGCUGGCCUUUGAAGGGAAAACAUUCAUCGCACAUGUGAACGUGAAUGAGGAUGCAGAUACAAGCCACAAGAAGAAACAUCAGCCAAUCGGGUACAAGUGUUUGUCUGUGGCAGCGUGCAAGUACUUGUGGCGGUGUGCCGUUGAGCAGCAGUUCUUCUUCACGUUGCAGAACUCGUUCCACACACCGAAAAUUCGGUCGGGCGGCAGUCUGUUUUCCCGGGGCUCAAAGUUCAGGUUCAGUGGACGAUGCCAGAAUGAGGCAUACAUGGCAAGCGAGGAUAUCAAGAGGAAGGAGCCUGAUUUCCAGAGGACGUGUUCACUGCCCAAUUUUUCUCGGAAGUCUGACGCAAAGAUCCACAUGCGCAACUCUGCAAACCUCUCCAUCACAGAGGACAAAAACACCGGUGGUUUCCGAGCGAACACUCUACCGCACAUGACCAGUGCACCGUCUGUCUCUGUUCAACCAGAUAAUUUCGAAAAGCGUAGAAACUCUCGGGGUUCACGGGAAAACGUAAGGCGGGAUUCUGAAGGUCGUAGGAGGUCAAGGGAUCAACUUAACGAGAGGAAAAUGUCUGGUUCCCAUACUGAGUCUGAGACUAAGAGAGAGGAGCCAAUUGCUCCCGUUCGGGCUCCUCUCGCCGAGGUUGAGAUCAUGCAGCAGUCUGUGCCUGUUGAGGUGUACAGACAGGAAAAGACUGACACAAGGCCCGUGUCAAAAGAAACCAGCAUUGAUGAAGUAUUUAUGCCUGUGUCUGUGUCUAUGCCCGAGUCCAAGCCUGGUAGGACGCCAGAGCAAAAUGCUGUAAAGCCUGGAGAGAGGCCUGCUUUCGACCCUUUUAAAGUAAAAAAUCAAGAAACGGAGUUCAAAACACAUGAAGUCCCCAAGGCCUCUGAACCAGGUAAUCAGGAACAACCUGUAACUCAAGUAGCCCACAAAGAUGUGAAACCACAUGUUAGGGAGAUGGGUCAUUACACUACUCGGGAAGUGAGAAAAUAUGUCGAGGUUGAACAGAGACAGACAGUGAUUGGUCCGGAAACAGUGGUCAUUCCUGCUCACACAAAGGCGGCUAAACUGGAAUCUAAAGUUGUGACUCGGCCUGUUGAUGACGUCUCUAAACUGGCAUACAAAGACAUUUCCACACCAGGAGAAAAUGCGGUGGAUGUCCCCAUUGAAGCAAGGACAGCAGAGAGACCCCAAUCUUCGCGGCCUGUGACCCAGGAAACUCCAGUUAUGGAGGAAACCAUGGUUCAACAGCGGGCUGACAGGGUACAGGCUGCGGGGCCAGACUCCAUGAAAAUGAAUGGGGGAAUCCCCACGAUCAGUGUCUCCUCCCCGUUGGACAGCGAGACCCGGGUUGGGGAGGCUGACACAACCCAGCUAUACGAGCCCAACGUAACCUUGGAAGAGGAUGAGGAUGACGAGGGUGUUGCCAAAAGCCUUGAGGAGCAGGUCAUGGACCUUGAGAAAGAGAUCGAACAAACACACAACCAUGUCCAGCCUGACACGCCUAGUAGGGAAACUAAACCUACGACCAGACCUGUCGUACAAGCAAAAGGCAGCUGUUCAUGUGGCAAGAUUUUCGCGUACACAUUCUUCUCCCUGUUCUUCACAUUAACUGUGUCAGCAUGUGUGGUGAUGUUCUCGGACAUUGACCAUCCCCUCAUGAACGAGGCACGGUCACAUCUAGCCUUCCUUGAGCCAACCAGAGAUUUUAUCCGCCAUAAAUAUGAAGAAAUUGUCAACAGAUUGUAAAUAAUAUGGACUUUUUUUACACAUCAACCAUUAUAAGAUGAGAAAUGAAGUAAAGAAGAUAAACAUUAUGCUAGUUUGAUGCAUUCAAUCAGGUUGUUUAACAUAUGAGACAAAUACUUGUCUCUGAUGUUUUUAUAUGUGAUCUAUUUUCAAUUGAUGAUUGCUAUUUGCAAUAUAUCACAAGGUUGAUCACUGAGAAAUUUAUUGUAUUUUGGUAAUCAAGUUAUAUCAAUGAAUAACCAGUAAAUCAGAUCAUUAUAAAAUGAUAAGAAUAUUUGAUAUUAUGUAGAAAUUAUCAUGUUUAUCAUAAAACAUGAGAUUGUCCUUAUCUUCAAGAAAAGAUACAGAAUCUGUCAGAAAGUUCUACAAAAAUUAAUGCUUCUGCUGUUCCAUUUCUGUGUUUUGCUGAAAUCUGCAGGAAUUGUAUGUUCUCAGUUUUUGUGGUUGGGUUGGCUCUAGGCCUUUAUUUUAAUCCAAGCAUCAUCUAUAACGGGCAUCAUUUAUAAUGUGCAUCAUUUCUCUGUAUUGGGUAAAACCUUUUUGGGUUGCUUGUUAUUGCUGUGUUCUAUCUAUAUUGUUUAUUUGAAUGAAAUCAUUUAUUGUUGCAGUGGUAUGAUAUUCAGCACAAUUCUCCAACAUAGAAAAUUCAGGCGUUAUCUUCAAGCUGGAAAAAAUAGAAAACUGCAAAAAUAAAUGUUUUCAUAUGAUUGUGUAUCAUACUAUGUACUGUCAUUAUUCAGGUUGCAAUAUUUCAGUGUUAGCAUUUAGUGUAAGGUUAAGUUAUAAUCAUGUAGAUUUUUAGCUAUAAAUUUAGGUUUUUAAAUGCACCAUUAUUUAUAAGUAUGUCCAAAUUUGUGUAUGUAUAUUUUCAUUAAUUCAUGUAAAGGUUAGGUGCAUGUCCAUGUAUAGCUUAAUCUUUUCUCUUGCCCAUUUUUAUAUGAACAAAAGACUUUAACAGAUGUUGUUCAGUGAUGAUAAAGGUACAUAUAAGUCCUUGGUUUAAAUGUCAAAUGUAUAUUGAACGUGGACCUCUCCCCACACAAUUUUGUUUUUGCCCACCGCCUAGCCUGACAUCAUUCAUAAUAAUUGAAAUAUAUCUAACCAAUAUAAAUCUUGACUCUAACAUUUCGAAAACCAUCCAAAUUAUUGGUAAACUCUCAUACUGAAACCUGAGGAAUUGUAAGAAGAACAAUUUAGAGAAAUUCAUGACCUGCGAUUUGUAAGUGUUUAUGACUAUUGUAUGUAUGUAUGGUAAGCAGGCCUGGAGUUCUUUGUGGAGAGGAUCCUCUGGUUUUCUGGGGGAAGAUCAACAUGGAUUGGAUCAUUCUUACGUUGUUCCCGGACAAUAUGAAACAUUCCUUUUGUUUAGUCUUUCUGUUAUUCUGUAAUCUAUUGUAUAUUUAUUUUCUUCUUGCAAAUCAGUUCUUGCAUUUAAAGUCUUGUCUGUAGUGACAAACAUGUAUAUUCACAAGAAAUAUUUCAAACCUGCACAUCAUAAAGAAGAGCCUUCAGACUGUAGUGACAUGUUUGCAUGCUGAGUAAACACUACAUUAUCUUCAUCGCAAAUAUACCCCUAGUUUACUCAUACAUAUUACCACAUUGGAGCUUGUUUAUGGCUAAUGGACACUAACAUGAACAUAAUACAUUGGGGCAUGUGCAUGGCUAUUGGACACAAACAUGAACAUAAUGCCAUAUUGGGGUUAUGUUCAUGGCUAAUGGAUACUUACAUGUACAAACUACCAUAUUGCAGCAACCUAUGUUAAUUGCUUGUGGACAUUAACAUGAACAUACUUCCAUGUUGGUGCUUGUUCAUGGCUAAUGGACACAUACAAUAUUUUACCAUAUUGUUUCAUGUUCAUAGCGUAUUAACACUAAACAUACAUAGUUUGGUUACAUCGUAUAAUGUAGAUUGAGGUGCAUUUGAUAUAUCACUUCAGCCUCUUUCAUAUCACACAUGAUGUGUUUCUAUUUUGUCACAUUGAACAAGAAUUUAACAGUCUUUGUGUGGUGCUUAAGAGACAGUAGUGUGCAGCAAAUACAUUAUUAUAUAAAGUAGCAGAAGAUCAUUAUUGUCAUACUGUGUGGCAAAUUCCUUGAGUAAAUGCUCAUUAAGUCACUUAUGUAUCAAGAUACUUGUAUAUUAACUGCUAUGUGAUUUACCCUUAUUUAGAAUCUAUUUUUGCUAUGAUGUUUUUUUGUUUUUGUUUUUAAAAAGUUUCAGUUUUCAGUUUUUGUUUAGUGUGAUUAUUCUUGCUUUUAUUUAACAUUUUACUUUGUUGAUAUUUUGUUAAGAGUUGGAAUGGUUCAUUUUGGGAAGUUUGUUGUCGUCAGUGAUGAAUGCUGAUCUCCCUCAUAAAAUGUGUUCAUUUGGCAUCUUCUGUGCGAAACCUUUUGACUUAAGUUUGUAUUUUUUCUAUUUGAAAUGGACUUGAAUUUUUGUGAUCUAAUCUACUUUGUUCAAAUUUUUAUUUGACUUCCCACAAAUUGUACUAUAAUAAGUUCAGUGUGAGAUAAACAUGAGAGAUGUCUCAAAAUUAUGACUAACAUAUCAUUUGCACUUAUAUGCAAGUCUUAAAACCUAAUGUUUGUUUUCUGUUGUCUUGAUGAGGUGGCAAAUCAGAUUAGAUAUCCAGUUUUGAUAUCAUUUCUAUAAUUCUAUUUAGUAUAUUAUAAAGAUACUGGUAUUGUAUAAUGUAAAAAUGAAAUGUAGCAAAUAUGGGAUAAUAAUUGUAAACUAUUGUUUUUAUAUCACACCAUGAAAAUAAAAUGUAGCAAAUAUCAUUAUAUGAAUUGUAAACUAUUGUUAUUAUAAGUCCCACCUGAUCGGAGUUUAUGUAGAUAUUAUAAGUCUUGUCUCAUGAAGAAAACCAUUGAUAAUUAUAUGAAUGCUUAAUUUGACUAAAUAUGACGUUACACUGAGAUUUACAUUGGUUUAGGAUAUCACCAUAUAGGACAGAACGCUUACCAUAGUUACAUUCCUUCCGUAACAAGCAGUGAUGCCAAGUACUUCUUUAACAAUCUAUUUUUGUCAAGGUUAAAACUACCAAUUGAAUAAUCAAAACACAAGUUUAAAGCUGUUUAUUUCAAUUAAGUCUUAACUAUUUUGGAAAUAUCUUGGAAAUACAUCAUUUGAAUGAAUACUUGUUCAAACCACAGUGUCAGAAUAAUGAUAAAUGUCUGCAUAUAUAUACAAUAUCUGUCAUAGUAAUAAGUAUGUCUUCAUUCAUAAUAAUAUGUUCCAAAUCAUAUAGAAUUUUAUACAACAUUAAGUUUAUACUUUCAUUUGCUUUUAGUGGUGUGUGUUCUAUCAUGGUUGAGUGAUUAUCACGUAUAUUAUGUUACAGGUAACUAUGGUUUACAUGCUUAUGAUAAGGUCAAUAAAUGCACCCUAACAA